UCUACGGGCGCCUCUGCUCGUGAUUAUAUAAAUAAACCACGAGCGGAGAUUCCCCCGACAGUCUGUCUUCCUAUUAGAGACUCGUGGCCCUCUGUUUCUCUCUUCUUUUUCUACUACUACUGCUCUCUCUCUCUCUGCCGAUUUUCAUGGCUUCCAUCAUUGAAUCUGGUUGGCUGUUUUUGAUCACUCAUUUCAAUGAUUUUCAAUUGGCAUGUCUCGGGAGUUUCUUUCUUCAUGAAAGUGUCUUUUUCUUAUCGGGACUACCUUUUAUAUACUUUGAAAGAGCAGGAUGGCUGAGCAAGUACAAAAUUCAGAAAAAAAAUAACUCCCCUGAAGCUCAGGAGAAAUGUAUUACUCGCCUACUGCUGUAUCAUUUUUGCGUCAAUCUACCAGUUAUGAUUGCUUCGUAUCCUGUCUUCAGGGCCAUGGGCAUGAGAAGUAGUCUCCCAUUGCCAUCCUGGAAAGUAAUUUCUACGCAGAUUUUAUUCUACUUCAUCCUGGAGGAUUUUGUAUUCUAUUGGGGACACCGAAUUUUACAUACAAAAUGGCUGUACAAGCAUGUCCACAGUGUUCAUCAUGAGUAUGCGACACCAUUUGGACUGACGUCCGAGUAUGCUCACCCUGCUGAGAUCCUGUUCCUUGGAUUUGCUACGAUUGUUGGUCCUGCAAUCACUGGGCCCCAUCUGAUAACUUUGUGGCUGUGGAUGGUAGUUAGAGUUCUUGAGACUGUUGAGGCACAUUGUGGUUAUCAUUUCCCCUGGAGCCUCUCAAACUUCUUACCUUUAUAUGGAGGUGCUGAUUUUCAUGACUAUCAUCAUCGACUGCUGUACACAAAGUCUGGCAACUAUUCCUCAACUUUUGUUUACAUGGAUUGGAUAUUUGGUACUGAUAAGGGAUUCAGAAAAUUGAAGGCAUUGAAGAGCAGUGAACAUGAGGGUGAGGGUAAGCAAAUAUAAGAAAGCAGACAUAAAAAGAGAUUAUUUUUUUCUUAUUUACCUGCUAGAAAAUGUGAAAUUGCAGGAUGGAGUUUUUAAUCGAGGGCAUUUUGGGAAAGGUCUCAUUGAUUCAUUGCUCUUAAUUAGGUUUUAUUUAUUGUGUUGUGGGGUGGUUAUUAUUUGUGUAAUGUUGGAAUAUUUGCAAACCUUUGGAUGGUUUGGCCCCAGCAUACAAUGAAGCUGAUGUCUUUUUCCUUGGUGUAUCAGGUUCAUCAGUUAUUAUCUCUUAGUAGAGUUGAACAGGGUUGGCAUUGUUCU